AUGAAGUAUGAAGUCGAUUGUAUUGGUCCUGUAUAUAGUCACAUCUUCAUCACUUCCGACUUCAUUUCGACUUCACUUCGACUUCAUCUCGAUUUAAUGCCGGAUCCCCUCGACGAGAUCCAGUGGAAGAGUCCGGAAUGGAUCCAGCAAUUCGGACUCCAUACCGGAAAUGUGCUUGACUAUUUCUCGGAAUCGCCAUUUUACGACCGGACUUCGAAUAACCAGGUACUUCGAAUGCAGUUUCAAUUUCAAGCACCACCGGCCAACAUUCAUCCCCAACGAUACAUUCAAGAUAAACUCACCGAGAUGACCGGAAUUGAGUUUGUUAUAGCGUACAUGCGAGAACCGGAUUUCUGGGUUAUUCGGAAACAAAAUAGAACCGGUCCUGAAUCCACCAUCACCGAACAAGAUUUUUAUAUUAUUGGUGCCAAUGUUUAUCAAGCACCCAAAGUUUACGAUUUACUUUCAUCGCGACUUUUAUCGAGUGUUUUAUCGAUAAAAACUCUGGUCGGAUUAUUGAACCAAAUGAGCAAAUACAGCAUUUCCGACGGUGGUCAUGUGUACCCCUCGGUAAAUGAUGUAGAAAGGACUCGGAAUUCAACCCAUCCAACUACAUCAGUAGCUGCAACCGGGAAUGGUGCCGGCGCCACUCCCAUGAAAACACCAUCAGUUCCGGCCAGUGUACCUGGUACAGUUCCGGCCACAGUACCUGGAACAAUUCCGGGCACUGGAUUAUUGUCGCUGGCGCAAAAUGAAAUCUUUGGCAUGAAUCCCGAGGUGUCGGUGUCUGCAUUCAGCCUGUUACUUGCAGGGGCAGUUUCCGGAAACGACAGUAUAUAUUUGGACGACGUUCCCACAUCAGGAAAAGGGAGCACCAUUAACCAGAUGAAUGUGAGGGAGAGAUAA